AGGCCCACGCAGCAGCUGGGAGGUCCAGGGCACCGAGGCUGCAGGCCGCGCCCACGCGGAGCCCCUAGCCUGCCUUCCGUGCCCCUGCGCGCUCCUGUCCAGCAUGCUGCGGCGGGGCAGCCAGACGCUCCGACGCUUCUCCACCGGCCGGGUUUUUUUCAAAAACAAGCUGAAGUUGGCACUUAUCGGCCAGAGCCUUUUUGGACAGGAAGUCUAUAGCCACCUCCGCAAAGAGGGCCACCGAGUAGUGGGGGUGUUCACAGUUCCAGACAAGGAUGGCAAAGCAGAUCCACUGGCUUUGGCUGCAGAGAAAGAUGGGACCCCUGUGUUCAAGUUUCCUAGAUGGAGGGUCAAGGGCAAGACCAUCAAGGAGGUGGCAGAGGCCUACAGAUCCGUGGGUGCUGAGCUGAACGUGCUUCCCUUUUGCACUCAGUUCAUCCCCAUGGAUGUCAUUGAUGGCCCCAGGCACGGUUCCAUCAUUUACCACCCAUCCAUCCUACCCAGACACAGAGGAGCUUCUGCUAUCAACUGGACUCUAAUUAUGGGAGAUAAGAAAGCUGGAUUUUCUAUUUUCUGGGCUGAUGAUGGAUUAGAUACAGGACCCAUCCUUCUGCAGAGAUCAUGUGAUGUCAAACCCAACGACACAGUGGAUGCACUUUACAACCGAUUCCUCUUUCCUGAAGGGAUCAAGGCCAUGGUAGAAGCUGUCCAACUCAUAGCAGAUGGAAAAGCCCCUCGAGUUCCUCAGCCAGAGGAGGGAGCAACCUACGAAGGUAUCCAGAAAAAGGAAAACGCUGAGAUUUCCUGGGACCAGUCCGCGGAAGUUUUACAUAACUGGAUUCGAGGUCAUGAUAAAGUCCCUGGAGCCUGGUCAGAGAUAAAUGGACAGAUGGUCACUUUCUAUGGCUCGUCAUUACUGAGUAGCUCCGUGCCUGCUGGAGAACCGCUGGAAAUUAAAGGUGCCAAGAAGCCUGGCCUUGUUACCAAAAAUGGACUUGUUCUUUUUGGUAACGAUGGAAAAGCCCUGAUGGUGAGAAGCCUGCAGUUUGAAGAUGGAAAGAUGAUUCCUGCCUCGCAGUACUUUGCAAGGGGUGAGGCGUCAGUGGUGGAACUUACAGCUGAAGAGAUGAAGGUGGCGGAGACCAUCAAGGUCAUCUGGGCUGGAAUUUUAAGCAACAUCCCUGUCAUUGAAAACUCCACGGACUUCUUUAAAUCUGGAGCGAGAUCGAUGGAUGUCGUGAGGCUGGUUGAAGAGAUCAGACAGAAAUGUGGCGGCCUUCAGUUACAGAAUGAAGACGUCUACAUGGCCACCAGGUUUGAAGACUUCAUCCAAAAGGUCGUGAGGAAGUUGAGAGGAGAAGACCAAGAGGAGGAGCUGGUAGUGGAUUAUGUCGCAAAGGAGGUCAAUGAAAUGACAGUAAAAAUGCCGUAUCAGUGUUUCAUAAAUGGACAGUUCACAGAUGCAGAUGAUGGGAAGACUUACGACACCAUCAACCCAACAGAUGGAUCUACAAUAUGCAAAGUAUCCUAUGCCUCCUUGGUGGACGUCGAUAAAGCUGUAGCGGCAGCGAAGGAUGCCUUUGAAAACGGUGAAUGGGGAAGAAUGAAUGCCCGAGAGAGAGGAAGACUGAUGUACAGACUUGCAGACCUACUGGAAGAAAACCAAGAAGAGCUGGCAACCAUUGAAGCCCUUGACUCAGGUGCUGUCUACACCUUGGCUCUGAAGACUCACAUUGGAAUGUCUGUGCAAACCUUCAGAUACUUUGCUGGCUGGUGUGACAAAAUUCAGGGCUCAACGAUCCCCAUCAACCAGGCCCGUCCGAAUCGCAACCUGACCUUCACCAGGAAGGAGCCGCUGGGGGUCUGCGCCAUCAUCAUCCCCUGGAACUACCCGCUGAUGAUGCUGGCCUGGAAGAGCGCCGCCUGCCUGGCUGCGGGCAACACCCUGGUGCUGAAGCCCGCGCAGGUCACGCCCUUGACUGCUUUGAAGUUUGCAGAGCUCUCGGUGAAGGCAGGCUUUCCCAGGGGGGUCAUCAACAUCAUCCCAGGCUCAGGGGGUGUGGCAGGACAACGCCUUUCUGAACACCCCGACAUCCGCAAACUCGGGUUCACUGGUUCCACUUCUAUUGGCAAACAGAUCAUGAAGAGCUGUGCCGUGAGCAACCUGAAGAAAGUGUCGCUUGAGCUCGGUGGCAAGUCCCCACUUAUAAUCUUCAAUGACUGUGAACUUGACAAGGCCGUGCGAAUGGGCAUGGGUGCGGUGUUCUUCAACAAGGGAGAGAACUGCAUCGCGGCUGGGCGACUGUUUGUGGAAGAAUCCAUUCACGACGAAUUCGUGACCAGAGUGGUGGAAGAAAUUAAAAAGAUGAAAAUUGGUGAUCCACUUGACAGAUCUACUGAUCAUGGGCCCCAAAAUCAUAAAGCCCAUCUGGAAAAGCUGCUGCAAUACUGUGAAGCUGGAGUGAAGGAGGGGGCCACCUUGGUGUAUGGGGGAAGACAAGUCCAAAGGCCAGGGUUUUUUAUGGAACCAACUGUGUUCACGGAUGUGGAAGACCACAUGUUCCUUGCCAAAGAGGAAUCCUUUGGGCCUAUAAUGGUCAUUUCUAAAUUCCAAAAUGGCUUUCUUGUCGUCCUGAAAACACCUCGCAGGGACAUCGAUGGGGUGCUGCAGCGAGCCAAUAACACGGAGUACGGCUUGGCCUCCGGGGUUUUCACCAGGGACAUAAACAAAGCCAUGUACGUGAGCGAAAAACUCGAAGCAGGAACCGUGUUUAUUAACACCUACAACAAGACAGACGUGGCAGCCCCGUUUGGUGGCGUGAAACAAUCUGGCUUCGGAAAAGACUUAGGUGAGGAAGCUCUAAACGAAUACCUCAAAACCAAAACUGUGACCCUGGAGUAUUAGGACAGCACCAGCACGGGACACGGGAGACAGGCCAAGCCACUGCUCAACUUCCGGAAGAACCUGGCAAGCUGAAGAAGGCGGGACCAGCCAGCAGCCAAAACCUGCACUCCAGGACCAUGAGGAGGGUCAGGCCAUGUCUGAGCAUUUACACGUGUGCCUAGUAUUUCCUAACGCACCUUUCAAACCUUAAAAUGAUUGGCAAUUGUUGGGUUUUGACUAUGUUUAUGUAUCAUGCAUAUUUCUAAAAUACCACGGUCAUUUUCCCUGUCAAGAUUAAUCUAAUGCCUUUUUAUUAUAUUUAUUAUAUAUUUUUAUUGGGUUAUGAUCAUAGAAUAUCCUACCUUACUUUUUCUUUCCCAUUAGGUCAGUCUGAUGCUGAAAGAACUAUAAUAACAAACUCUGCUGUAAUUGUUUUUUGGGGAAUACCUGUUUGUAACUGUGUAACCAUUUCUUGUCUGAUGUGUUAAAAACUUUAAAUCACAUCUUUUUGAUGUUGGAAAAAAAAUUAACCUAUCCCUGGCCGGUCCAUCUUGAAAACAUCAAUAUCAAGCAGCUAUAUGAUAUAAGGUAAAUUUAUUAGACUCUUUAUAUGUGUGCAGGUUUUAACUCCUAUAGCAUACCUAUGGGUUAUUAAAAAGAUUUUCUAUAAUUUUGCUUUUAAGGAACAGUAUAGCCUGUGAAAAAUGGGAAGGUAAUUUUUUUUCCUUUCAUAUUUGGAGUAAGAUCCAUCUUUGUGUCUUUGAUGCUCUUUCUGAACCCACUGUGAGGGUGAUCAACCCACAAACAUUCCUCGAGGAUCUAGUUACCUAGUAGGUAGGUCAUGGUACUACUAUAUUAUGUUCUGAGGCAUAUACGAAAUUUAAUAACAUGAUCUUUGACUCCACGUAGCUUCAAUUUUACUGAACAGACUACAAAGUGAAUUUUAAAGUAAGAUAGAAUGGAAAGUAAACAGGCUUUGAAGGCCGAUCUUGGUUCACAUCAGACUACCUAGGGGACUCUGGGAAAUGAACACAACUUCUCUGCGCCUCAGUUUCCUUGUGGGUAAAACAGGAAUAGCAGUGCCUUCCUCAGGGCCCUUGUCACGAGGAUUUGAUGCAAUAAUAUAAGAAAAGCACGGCCGGGCGCGGUGGAACACACCUGUCAUCGCAGCUGCUCGGGAGGCUGAGGCAGGAGCAUUGCGAGUUCAAGGCCAGCCUCAGCAACUGAGUGAAACCCUGUCUCAAAAUGCAGCCAGUGGCAGGGCUGGGGAAUAGCUCAGUUGGUAGAGUGCUUGCUUUGCAUGCACAAGGCCCUGGGUUCAAUUCCUGGCACCACCAAAAAAAAAAAAAAAUCCUAAAAUGCGGCCAGUGGGAGAACACUGGUCUAGUAUGUGUGAGGCCCUGGGUUCGAUCCCCAGCACUAUCCAGAAAAAAGAAAAGCACCUGGCCUUGCCUGUGGCUCAGGGUACAUGCUAACGUCGGCUGUUUUCCUCCGUCACUCCUUAGGAUGACCUCGAGAGGUUAAUAAACUAGGUUCAUUAGUUCCCCAUAGCCUUUUCCGGUAAUCAUCAAUUCUCUGACUAUCGUUGUCACUAUUAUCCUAAUAAGUGCCUGAUACAGCAGGACAAAGAACGAUGGCAGUGCCACCAGGUCGGGUCACCAGGGGCUGCCCUGUCCAUCCCAGGACACCUCCCUUUCCGGUUUUCUACCUACUUACUAGUUCUACUGCUCGCUGGCUGUGUGACCCCGAGAAAGUCAGUACCAGCGUCCCCCAGUCUAGGUCUGGUAUCUAAACAAGGGACAAAUCCCAUCCCACUGGGUACGGCAAGGGUUCAAUCACCUACGCAACGCACGGGGCAAGUCACUGACCUCGGCUGCAGGAACAGCAGCUGUGACCCGCAAAGUACUCGCGUGAGCUCCCAUUCCAGUCAGAAGUAGUUAGGAGGUGAAUCAUCACCUAAUGUGACAAAGGGGAUUUCCUGCAUCACUGAAGUCUCCCGAAAAUGACCGAGCAAUUAACCUCUACUAAUUCUCCUUCUGAAGUACAAUUUCAGUGAACAUUCCUAUGUCUUUGGCUUUGAGGAAGCCACUACUUAUCACUUAGGAGACUAGACGGAGGAAAUGUAAGGCAUCAGUAAACAUCAAAACAACAACAAAACCGAGGCAGAAAACACUUGCAAAGGGAAGAAUACCAGGUUUCAACAGAGCAAUUGUGCCCUGUAAGUCUUUAAAAUUAGAGUUCAUUUGCCAUCAGAAAUUCCAUUGGAAUAAACAUUGGGCCCAAAAUGGCAGUGCAUAUUUGAAUAAAUGACAAAGGUGUUAAUGAUAAGCAACCACCUUUGUUGUCUUUGCUUGUUUCCUUGGCUGCGACAGGGACUCACUAAGUUUCACAGACUGGCCUUGAACUGGAGAUCCUCUUGCCUCUGCCUCCUGAGUACUCAGAAUUCCACCACGCCUGGCAAGUAACCACUUUUAAAUAAAGUGUUUUAACCGAUUUCAUGUGACCUGGAAGAUCAUUUUGUCAAAUUAUUUUAAUAAUAGAAUGGUGGACAAAAAAUGUGCCUAUUCUUCUGAACGGAUUUUAUUCUCUAAUUAGCAUUAAUCUCAGUGGCAGUGUUAUUAAUCCCAAUGAGAAUCUGAUAAAGCUGUGACUCGCUCUGUCUGACCACUUGUAUCCCCAAAUUCAUGUGCGCACACAUCCAUGUAUUUUUAAGGGAUUCACAGACCUCCCAACGGCCACAAAGGACCCCAGAUUAAGAGCUUCUUUCUCUUUAACAAGUUCUAUAAAGUUCUUACGAGUCUAAGUUUUUAUAUCUGAUUGCUUAUCAUAGUUAAAGUCUCCAAUAAAAUUACUAAAUGAAUUUGAAUUAAACAUAACGAUCCACAGCGUGUUGGGUGGUUUAAUUAAUACUUUGGGUAAUUAAAUCAUCAUUGUUCCUUUGAAUCACCGGUUAUCUUGCUAAGCCAGAGGAUAAAGCUGUGAUCUGAUUCACUCCUGAACUGUGGCGUGUGGACACGAAG